AUGUCCACCUAUGGGCCUCAUCAACGAGCACAGAUGACUGGUGACAUUUUGCUCGGAGGACUCUUUCCCAUUCACUUUGGCGUUGCAUCCAAAGACCAAGACCUGGCGGCGCGGCCGGAGUCCACACAAUGCGUCAGGUUUAAUUUCCGUGGUUUCCGUUGGCUGCAGGCCAUGAUUUUUGCAAUCGAGGAGAUCAACAACAGCAGCACUCUCCUGCCCAACAUCACAUUGGGCUACAGGAUCUUUGACACGUGCAACACGGUGUCAAAGGCACUGGAAGCCACUCUCAGUUUCGUGGCCCAGAAUAAGAUCGACUCCUUGAAUUUGGAUGAGUUCUGCAACUGCACCGACCACAUCCCGUCGACUAUCGCAGUCGUGGGAGCGGCGGGAUCUGCUGUCUCCACAGCGGUGGCAAACCUACUGGGGCUGUUUUAUAUUCCACAGAUCAGCUACGCCUCGUCCAGUCGCCUCCUAAGCAACAAGAACCAAUACAAGUCCUUCAUGAGAACCAUCCCUUCGGAUGAGUACCAGGCUACGGCGAUGGCGGAUGUGAUCGACUAUUUCCAAUGGAACUGGGUGAUUGCCGUGGCCUCGGAUGACGACUACGGGCGGCCUGGUAUCGAAAAGUUUGAGAAGGAGAUGGAGGAGAGGGACAUCUGCAUCCAUCUCAACGAACUCAUCUCUCAGUACAUGGAAGACCACGAAAUCCAAGCGCUGGCCGACAGGAUCGAAAACUCGAGCGCCAAAGUUAUCGUGGUGUUUGCCAGCGGGCCCGAUAUGGAGCCGCUCAUCAAAGAGAUGGUCCGAAGAAACAUCACGGACCGCAUUUGGAUCGCCAGUGAAGCUUGGGCGAGCUCCUCUCUCAUUGCCAAACCUGAAUAUCUGGAUGUGGUGGCAGGCACCGUUGGCUUCGCCUUGAAGGGGGGACAUAUACCCGAGUUUAAAGACUUCCUGCAACAAGUGCAACCAAAGAAAAACGCUCACAAUGAAUUUGUCCGGGAGUUUUGGGAGGAAACUUUUAACUGUUAUCUGAAAGACAGUCGGCGGCGUCACCAAAGUGACAACGGCAGCACAAGUUUUAGGCCUUGGUGUACAGGUGAGGAAGACAUCACCAGUGUGGAGACACCGUACCUGGACUACACCCACCUCCGUAUCUCAUACAACGUGUACGUAGCAGUUUACUCCAUUGCGCAGGCCCUGCAGAACAUCCUAACCUGUAAACCCGGACAUGGACUUUUUGCAAACAACUCCUGCGCGGACAUCAAGAAAAUGGAAGCGUGGCAGGUACUAAAGCAGCUCAGACAUUUGAAAUAUACCAACAGUGUGGGAGGAAAGGUGCACUUUGACGAGAACUUUGACGUGGCAGCAAACUACACGAUAAUCAACUGGCACAGGUCUGCCGAAGAUGGUUCUGUGGUGUUUGAGGAGGUCGGAUACUAUAAUAUUCACUCAAAGAGGGGAGGCAAGCUGGUCAUUGACAAGACAAAGAUUCUCUGGAAUGGAUACAGUUUUGAGGUACAUACCAAUCGCAAUCUUUUGUCUGCGGUUAGUGAAAAUCAAGUCACAACGGUUCCGUUCAGUCUGGAACGGAAGUUCCAGAUCUGGUUUGUGUUUCUACACCGGGGCACAGAGGCAGGAUGGCUCACGCAAUCGCCUCUUUCACUCACCGUGAUCGAAAACGGAUGUGACAAUGCGGGAACGGCUGAAUUUGUAGAGGCUUGA